UAGCUUUCAUAUUUAAACGAUGACCACGCAAUUUUUCGGAUUAUCCUACUCAAAAUACUAUAUAUCUCUCAUUUAUUCCGACUCGAGGGCGCGUAGCGCUCGUGCAUAAGGCACACAGCUCCCACAGGCCCUCCUACACGAAGAACUACAUUUCGACGCCAUUUUGUGUGGACGACCACCCCAGCAGCCAGUCCAUCCGCCCGACCGGAGAUCGCGGGGCAGCCGCUAUGUCCCUCUGCCGCUGGCCGUGCCUCCCUUGUGUCCAGCGCUACCGAAGCAACUCGAUGUCGGUGCCGUGUUCCCACUGAAACCCCCGAAUACGGAACCCCGACCACGAUGGGGAGCUGUUUCAGCCGCUCGGCGAGCUCCAAGAACACCAAGAAGGAAGUGGUCCAGGCGCCCGUCGAGAGGGGCGACGUCUCGUCGAUCAAUAUCGGCCAAGUGACCACCCACGAGCCCGUGGGUAGUGGCGGCGGCGGCGGCGUUCGUUCCGGUCAUCACAUCGAACUCGGCGGUAGGAAUGGACCCACGAUUCCGAGCGCGGUACCUCCCGAAGUCGAGACAUCGGCCGCCACGGGCACCAAGAUCUUCGUGGCGCUGUACGACUACGACGCGCGCACGGACGAGGACCUGAGUUUCAAGAAGGGCGAGCACCUCGACAUACUGAACGACACUCAGGGAGACUGGUGGUUCGCGCGGUCCAAGUCGACUAAGCAGGAAGGCUACAUUCCGUCCAACUAUGUGGCCAAACUGAAGUCCAUCGAGGCAGAACCCUGGUACUUUGGCAAGAUCAAGCGCAUCGAGGCAGAGAAGAAGCUGCUGUUGCCCGAGAACGAACACGGGGCUUUCCUGGUGCGGGACAGCGAGAGCCGGCGCAACGACUUUUCUCUCUCAGUGCGGGAUGGGGACACGGUGAAGCACUACCGCAUACGGCAGCUGGACGAAGGAGGCUUCUUCAUCGCGAGGAGGACGACCUUCCGCACGCUGCAGGAACUGGUGGACCACUAUGGCAACGAGGCGGACGGGCUCUGCGUCAACCUCCGCAAGCCAUGCGUACAGGUGGAAAAGCCCAUGACGAGCGGGCUGUCGCACAGCACCCGGGACCAGUGGGAGAUUGAGCGCAGCUCGCUCAAGUUUGUGCGCAAGCUGGGCCAGGGCCAGUUCGGGGAGGUCUGGGAGGGCCUCUGGAACAACACCACCCCCGUGGCCAUCAAGACGCUCAAGCCGGGCACCAUGGACCCCAAGGACUUCCUGGCGGAGGCCCAGAUCAUGAAGAAGCUGCGCCACCAGAAGCUGGUGCAGCUGUACGCCGUGUGCACGCUCGAGGAGCCCAUCUACAUCAUCACGGAGCUCAUGAAGCACGGCUCCCUGCUCGAGUUCCUCCAAGGCAAGGGACGCUCGCUCCAGCUGCCCCAGCUCAUCGACAUGGCCGCCCAGAUCGCAGCGGGCAUGGCCUACCUCGAGGCGCAGAACUACAUCCACCGGGACCUGGCGGCGCGCAACAUCCUCGUGGGCGACGCCAACGUGGUCAAGAUCGCAGACUUUGGCCUGGCACGGCUCAUCAAGGAGGACGAAUACGAGGCGCGCGUCGGGGCCCGCUUCCCCAUUAAGUGGACGGCGCCCGAGGCGGCCAACUACUCCAAGUUCUCCAUCAAGUCGGACGUGUGGUCGUUUGGGAUCCUGCUGACGGAGCUGGUGACGUACGGCCGCAUUCCCUACCCGGGCAUGACCAACGCCGAAGUGCUCCACCAAGUGGAACACGGCUACCGCAUGCCGUGUCCGCCCGGCUGCCCGCCGGCUCUUUACGAGAUCAUGCUGGAGACGUGGCACAAGGACCCCAUGAAGCGCCCGACCUUCGAAACGCUGCAGUGGAAGUUGGAGGACUUCUUUACCAUGGAGGGGUCGGAGUACAAGGAGGCGGCCAUGGCCUACUGACGCCACGCGUGCUGAGGCGUGGGGGUGUGUGGCACGGUCGCGUAGAGGUCGCCGCCGGCUAAGCCGCCAAGACGAGGCGCCUGUCAUUUCGAGUCCUUGGGGCGCGCGUUCGGGCUGCGGUGUGCGGAAUGCGUCUUCGAUUGGUGCGUUUGCCUUGUCCUAAAAAGUGGUCCCUUAACCUCCGCCCGACAACGUGGGAGUGUCGCGCCCUUGCUUUGAUGUGCGAGCGGGACAGGACACUAAACACACCAGUCUGAGACGCAUUCCACGCACCAUGAUCUUACGGAUCGUGUCCAGCGGUAUCUGUCCAGUGCCCCGUGUGAUCCGUACGAUGGACCGUAGAAGUCUGGUCUUUCUCCCCGAGGGUUCUUUGCUCUCUGGUCACAGUUGCUUGUUUCGAUUGCCUUCUCCCGCGUUUUUUCGCCUACUUACUUUUAGCUGGGCCUCUUCUGUGGGUGCAGGGGCUUUUUAAUUGUCUUCUCCUCUGCAUAAUCAUUUUGACUGUCGUCGUUAUUGGGGUUUUAAUUCCGCUCGUAAAUGGUUCCGGCAGCCUUAGUUUCAUACUGUGCAUUCAGCCUUUGAUACAAGUCUGGGAGUUGUCAUAUCACAUUGACCCCAUUUGGCAUCGUCGUCUCCAUAGAACUUCAUGACGGAGGGUCUAUCUGAAGCGCAUCUCUCUUCCAUUACUAGAUGGCGCCGACAUCUUAAGGGGUAUUCCCACAAGGGAGAAAUCCCGGGGAUUCCUCCACGGCACGCGCAUCCAGCGACGAAAGCGUCGGGCUUUCCAAAAGCCUCGCGUUUUAGUCUCGUGAUGCGCACGCGCUGGGGGAGAAAUCCCCGGGAUUUCUCCCUUGUGGGAAUACCCCUUUAUGCACGCCCUCGCGACAUCCACGCAACGUCAAGAUGUCCCGAGGAUGUUGCAGAUCUGUGUGUGCCGUUGGGGUUAUCAUUUUAACUAAAGUCUUUUUACUGGCCACGACAGCAUCUACUGGGGCUGCAUAUAUAUAUAUAGCGUUCAGUUGCGAGUGCCGGUGUCUUGCAUUUUAACGCCGAUAUUGGUUGCCUGUAUUGUUAUGCGUGUGUUUUUACUUUGUUUAAGUGUAGCUUUGAGGCAUUCAGUUUUAAGCGGCGACACAAGCUAGUUCAUAAUAAGAACCCCCCUUCAUCGGGGACCUCUGCUGGCGGCGAAGGGCGGCGACCGAACGUGCGAAUGGUUUUUGUGUUGGUGUUCGUGACAAGACGAUCUCCUCGGUGCUUUUGGCUCAAGAGUCGAGCUCUUAGUCGUUUUCCUGAGGGAGGGAGGUAAGGGGACGUCGAAGGGACGUUGGAAAGAAGACGUCCAGGGGACAUUAGGAGUGACAGAUGACCAGCGAAGUCUGAAGGAGACUUUUCCAAGCCUUUGUGAGCAUGUUUUGUUGGUGGAAGUUUGUGGUGCGCGAGAGGCACCAUGCCAGACUGCUGCAAGGAUUGUAUUGUGCAGGUGUGAGUUGUAGCUUUCAGCUUACAUUUCCAGCGUUCCCGUCUGAAACAAAGCGGGGGAAAAAAAAAGUGCUAGACAUCUAACAGAGCGCGUUGCGCAGCCGACGACGCCAGUGCCCAAGUCACGGGGCAGUGUUUGCCCUCCCCUCUCUCAAGUUCGCUUUUUACGCCGACGUGAGUGCAGUGUGCCGACCGAAACACUUCUGCGAGCUGUGUGUGGUCGUCAGGCCAAGCGCUUUGCAACUCUUGGCAUUUCGUUUUUCCGAGCAACAUCUCAGUGGGACCCAGUGACUGACUGAUGAAGGAGCAGACUGGUGUGUUUCUCUUUUGAUAUACUACUUAUUUUUAUUACAGCAUCUCUACCGGUAGUACCUUGACACCCUUCCCUCUGUCGACCCCUUUAACAGUUGUGGAAGACUUUUUAAUUCGGCCGAACUAAACGAGCACUGUCUGACAA